ACAAUUUGAUUACAGAGUACAAAAAAAUAUCAAUCAAGAGGCGAUAAAGUAAAACGCAUAGAACUUUAACGAACGACACAAUUUGACGUGCGAUCGUGUAGAAGCUAAGAGUCACUAGUGAUUUUAGCUUUGAUUGAUUCUUUGUUAGUAGUAAUGUUUUUUUUUACAUGUAAUCUUGAGUGGAAACGUUGGGAUGAAUGCUAUACUAUUUCAGUUUAAAUAGGCUUCUUUAUUAUAGGCCUCUAUUUCUUUGUGAUUCGUUAUGGGCUCAAGUUAUUAGUUUUACGAUAACAAUCUUCAUGGAUUCAAACUUGGUCAUGGCUGACUUUUCAAACAGGGUGCCUGAUUAAAAUAGGGAGUAUUGGAGAUUCAACGUCUUUCCUUUGCAAUUUUAUUCAUGGAGUCUUCGUCUCCUUCUCGAAAUUGGAGAUUCAACGUCUUCCCGAGCUUCUGCGGUGAAGAUCUCCGCAAAAACUUCCUCAGCCAUUUCCUGAAGGAGUUGCAAAGGAAAGGAAUCACAACUUUCAUCGAUCAUGAGAUCAAGAGGAGCAAAGCUAUCGGCCCUGAGCUCGUGGCAGCGAUCAGAGGAUCAAGGAUGGCAGUCAUCUUGCUCUCGAAGAACUAUGCAUCUUCGACGUGGUGUUUGAACGAACUGCUCGAAAUCAUGAGCUGUAAAGAAGAGAUCGGCCAAACAGUGAUGCCGGUUUUCUACGAAGUCGAUCCAUCUGACGUCAGAAAGCAGGCCGGGGAUUUUGGAAACAUCUUUGAAGAAACUUGUUUGGGGAAGUCGGAAGAAGUGAGGCAGAGAUGGUCACGGGCUCUGACGGACCUCGCGAAUCUAGCCGGAGUGGAUUCUCGCCUCUGGAACAAUGAAGCUGAUAUGAUUGAGAAACUUGCGUUGGAUAUCUCUAGUGCAUUAAACGUUACACCUUCAAGGGACUUUGAUGAUCUCGUUGGAAUAGAAGCUCAUAUCAAAAAUCUGAAGCCAUUGUUAUCUCUAGAGUCUAGUGAAGUGAGGAUUGUAGGUGUUUGGGGUCCUGCGGGAAUUGGGAAGACAACCAUUGCAAGAGCUCUAUACACUCGACUGUCUCCUAUUUUCCAGCAUAGUGCAUUCAUGGGGAACAUUAAGGAAACAUAUAGGAGAAUCAGCCUCGAUGAUUACGGUUCGAAGUUGCAUCUGCAAGAAGAGUUUUUGUCUAAGCUUAUCAACCAUAAAGAUGUGAAGAUACCUCACUCAGGUGUGGUAAGAGAAAGGUUGAAGGACAAGAGAGUCUUUGUUGUUCUUGAUGAUGUUGAUGAACUGGAGCAACUCAUUGCCUUGGCAAAGGAGCCUCGAUGGUUUGGUUCUGGAAGUAGGAUUGUAGUGACCACACAAGAUAGACAGCUUCUGAAAGCACAUGGUAUCGACCUUGUAUACAAGGUGGAACUUCCGUCUAGACUCGAAGCUCUUGAGAUCUUCUGUCAAUCUGCUUUUGGACAAAAGCAUCCUCCUUGUGUCGGUAUCAGGGAGCUCGCGCUACAAGUGACUCAUCUUGCUGGAUAUCUUCCUUUGGGUUUAACCGUUUUGGGCUCCUACUUGCGAGGGUUUUCUAAAGAAGAGUGGGAAUAUGCAAUACCAAGACUUAACACAAGUCUUGAUGGUAAAAUUGAGAAGACUUUGAGAUUCAGCUAUGAUGCCUUGCAUAGUAAAGAUAAAUCCAUAUUUCUUCACAUUGCUUGUUUGUUCAAUGGUAAGAACGUCGAGGAUGUGAAGAUGUUGCUUGAGAAUAGUAACUUGGACGUUGACCACGGACUUAAAGCCUUGGCUGAUAAAUCUCUUAUAGAUACUCAUUGGGGACGCAUACAUAUGCACUCUCUGUUACAAAAAAUGGGUAGAGAGAUCGUCUGUCAACAGUCUGUUCACGAGCCUGGAAAACGUCAGUUCUUGGUUGAUGCUGAGGAGAUUAGGGAUGUACUUGCCUGCAAAUCCGGUACAGCAACUGUCUUAGGCAUAUCAUUCGAUGCAUCGAAAAUCAAUGGAGAGUUAUCCAUAAGUAAGAAAGCCUUUAAAGGAAUGCAUAAUCUUCAGUUCUUGGAGAUAUACAAGACAUGGAAUGCUAAAUCCAGACUAAAUCUGCCACAGGGUCUAAACUAUUUACCCCACAAACUUAGAUUGCUACACUGGGACUCGUUUCCUAUGAGAUCUUUGCCUUCCAAGUUCUCUGCAGAGUUCCUUGUGGAACUCAGAAUGAUAUUUAGCAAGCUUGAGAAACUCUGGGAAGGAAUCAUACCACUUAGGAGUCUCAAAGUGAUGAAUGUGAGUUACUCCAGAAAGCUCAAAGAGAUUCCUAAUCUCUCAAAUGCCACAAACCUUAAGAAAUUUUCAGCAGAUCGUUGUGAAAGCCUCAGUGCAUUCCCACAUGUCCCUGACUGCAUCGAGGAGCUUGAACUAAGCUACACAGGAAUAACAGAAGUUCCUCCAUGGAUCAAGAAUCUCUGUGGGCUGCAGAGAGUCUGUAUGACGCAAUGCUCGAAACUAACCAAUAUCUCUAUGAACGUUUCAAAGCUCGAGAACCUUGAAGAAGUGGAUUUCUCAGGCAGUGUGGAUGGUAUACUGUUUACUGCAAUAGUUAGUUGGCUCUCUGGUGUCAAGAAAAGGCUGACGAUAAGGGCUAAUAAUAUUGAAGAAAUGUUACCAAAAUGUCUACCGAGAAAGGCAUAUACUUCUCCGGUUUCACUGGAUUUGAGUGGUAACGAAGAUAUCAAAACUAUUCCAGACUGCAUCAAACAUUUUUCUCAGCUUCACAAGCUUGACAUCAGAGAAUGCAGAAAGCUUACAUCACUUCCACAGCUUCCAGAAUCGCUUUCAGAGCUAAAUGCACAAGAGUGUGAGUCUCUUAAGAGAAUACAUGGUUCGUUUCACAAUCCAGACAUCUGUCUCAAUUUUGCAAACUGCUUGAAACUCAACAGAGAAGCAAGAGAGCUCAUAUGUGCAUCCCCUAGCAGAUACACCAUCUUACCUGGUGAAGAACAGCCUGGAAUGUUUAAAGACCAAACUUCAGGAGAUCUGUUAAAGGUUGUGCAUAUGAUUCAGAGACCCUUUCCUCGAUUCCUGAGAUAUAAGGCUUGCAUUAGGCUUCUUGCUCGGUCAGCUGUCUAUGACGAUGACUCUGGUGGUAUUGCUCGUGUAGCUUGUUGCAUAAGGCGCAUAUGCGAUGGCAGUGUUGUGAGAGAUGAAUCUCUAGAGUUACACAUUCCUGUACUCGUGAACGAUCAUCUCUUUACAUUGGGAGGUUCUUUGAUCCUAAACAAAGGCAAUGAACCUGAAGUAGAUGCAACGUUCAGCGAGUUUUUGUUCGAGUUCAAGGCCAACAUAAAGAUGGCGAUUAUAGGAUGUCAAUUUACAGUUCUUGGGGGCAAAAGGGACUAUGAUACAUAUUCUAGAUGGAAUGAAGAAGUUUCUAGCCAGCAAGAUAAAAGGAUAAGGCAUGAAACUGAGGAACAAAGAUAGGAUCCUCAACAGACACAUGAUGAUAUUGUCAAUGCCAUGAAAGAUAAAGCAGCAUAAGAGCUUCUCAACGUGAGCUGUUAUCAGUAUAUAUACCAACAGCUUCAUAAGAAUCUGGUUGUUCAGGUUUGUACAUGAAGCUUUCAAAUGAUAUCAGAUUGUUUUACAAUCUAUACUUAUGAAUUAUAAUCUAUGGAAUUAUGGGUGGUGAGAAA